AGAGAUCCCAUGUGCCCCCUCCCUCUCCUGGCUGCCUCAGUCGCUGCGUCCCGAAUCCCGCUCCGGCUCCUCGGCAGAGAACUUGCUACCGCCGCCGCCAUGUCUGCCGCAGGGCGACUCAAAACCGUGGACUACGAAGUGUUCGGGAGAGUGCAGGGUGUUUGCUUCAGAAUGUACACAGAAGGUGAGGCUAAGAAAAUAGGAGUGGUUGGCUGGGUGAAGAAUACCAGCAAAGGCACUGUGACAGGCCAAGUGCAAGGCCCUGAAGAGAAAGUCGAUUCCAUGAUGUCCUGGCUGUGCAAAGUUGGAAGUCCUAGCUCUCGCAUUGACCGCACGAACUUUUCUAAUGAAAAAUUCAUUUCUAAACUUGACUACUCAGAUUUUAGUAUUCGAUACUAAUAGAAGAGAAAGAAAAAUUUUAAUGCUUAUAAUGCACACUAGAUAUUCUUAAGUCUGUAUUAGAAUAUUAAUAGAUUAAGUUCAAAAAGGAACUUUCUGUUCUGAAAGGUAAAACAGAAUGUGUUACUAAAAAUGUCUGACACAAAUAGUUUUACUCAACUAUGUUUUUAAAAAGUAAAAACUUCGCAUUACAAAACACUUAAUAUGAAUAUUUAAACUUACUAAUGGAAUCUUUAAGUCUAAUGAAUGUUCUAGCAAACAUGUUAUUUGGCUAGGCUUAAAAUAAAGCUAACCAUUUAAGGAU